UUAGUGAUCGGUCAGUGAGCGUAGUGACAGUGAGAGCGAGAUGAGGACCAGUGGACCGAUAUUGUAAAUGUGGACCUAAUCGUUCUCAGUGCAGUGUCGUGAGCAAACGGAUGGAGUUUCCUUCCGGGACGAGAAAACACUGACAGAGUGAAAGCUUCCUCUCCCGACAAAACAUGAUUCUUAUUGCGGACAGUAGUGCGCAGGACACGCUGGCAACAUCACCCGCAUCCGAAUCGCUAAUCGCCGGCGUGUCUACGCAUGACUCCCGUGCGUCCAACGUGCCGCGCGUACCCGCUCAGGGCAUGAUUAGUCCGUAUCACGUGGUGCAGUUAGCAGCUCAUCAUCUUAGUUCCAGUAUGCCGACAAUGGAUUCGACAGUCUCCUCCGCUAAACCCGAACCCGAACUUAACAUAGAAUUCGAUGGGACGACCGUGUUGUGCCGGGUCUGCGGUGACAAGGCGUCCGGUUUUCAUUAUGGAGUCCACUCCUGCGAGGGAUGCAAGGGCUUUUUCCGCCGGAGCAUCCAGCAGAAGAUUCAGUAUCGGCCGUGCACCAAGAAUCAACAGUGCAGCAUCCUCCGAAUCAACAGGAAUCGCUGUCAGUAUUGCCGUCUCAAAAAGUGCAUCGCCGUCGGCAUGAGUCGUGAUGCGGUGCGAUUCGGCCGCGUGCCAAAACGUGAGAAGGCCAGGAUUCUGGCUGCCAUGCAGCAGAGCUCCCACAGCCGUUCUCAGGAGAAGGCGGUAGCAGCCGAACUAGAGGAUGAGCAACGUCUCCUCACAACCGUGGUGCGGGCCCAUCUCGAUACAUGCGACUUUACCAGAGACAAAGUGGCUCCCAUCCUCGCCAGAGCCCGCGAGACCCCCAACUACACCGCGUGUCCACCGACCUUGGCAUGCCCCUUGAAUCCUAAUCCGCAACCAUUGACCGGACAGCAGGAACUGUUACAGGAUUUCUCCAAGAGGUUCUCGCCGGCUAUUCGCGGUGUCGUCGAAUUCGCGAAACGUAUACCUGGAUUCAGCCUGCUGGCUCAGGAUGACCAGGUCACGCUACUAAAGGCCGGCGUUUUCGAGGUGCUGCUCGUACGACUGGCCUGCAUGUUCGAUGCUCAAACGAACAGUAUGAUCUGUUUAAACGGCCAGGUGCUCAAGCGAGAGUCCAUCCACAAUAGUAGUAACGCUCGAUUCCUAAUGGAUUCGAUGUUUGACUUUGCCGAAAGGGUCAAUUCUUUGCGAUUAUCCGAUGCUGAGUUGGGAUUGUUCUGCUCAGUGGUGGUGAUUGCUGCCGACAGGCCCGGGCUUCGCAAUACCGAACUGGUUGAACGUAUGCACAACAAACUCCGAAACGCUUUACAAACGGUACUCGCGCAGAAUCAUCCCCAGCAUCCCGACAUUCUCCGCGAGCUAUUGAAGAAGAUACCCGAUCUAAGAACUCUAAAUACCCUCCACUCUGAAAAACUCCUGGCGUUCAAAAUGACUGAGCAGCAGCAACAACUACAGGCUCAACAACAACAUCAGCAGCAACAACAACAAACGCACGUUAUCACCGCUCAACAACAAUCACAUUGGCCAAUGGAGGAGGAGCCCCCGGCAUCCUGGGGUUCCGCUUCGGACGUAACUCUGGACGAAGCGGUGAAAAGCCCGUUAGGUAGCGUAUCGAGCACCGAAAGUACUUGCAGCGGUGAAGUUGCCUCCUUGACAGAAUAUCAUCACGUUGCACCACCUAGCGGUCAUCAUGCCUCAAGCGCGCCUCUUCUGGCUGCUACUCUAGCCGGUGGACUCUGCCCGCAUAGACGACGAGCGAACUCAGGCAGUACUAGCUCUGGCGACGAUGAGCUUCAUCGCGCUACUAUGUCGAAGACACCUCAGCCACCGCAAUGCCCGCGGUUCCGCAAAUUAGAUUCACCAAGCGACAGCGGAAUCGAAUCCGGCACCGAGAAGCCCGAUAAACCGGCCAGCAGCAGCGCUAGCAGUGCGCCCACGUCCGUGUGCUCGAGUCCGCGUUCGGAAGACAAGGAGGUCGAGGACAUGCCGGUGCUGAAACGCGUACUCCAAGCGCCACCGCUAUACGACACCAAUUCAUUGAUGGACGAGGCUUACAAGCCGCACAAGAAAUUCCGUGCUUUGCGUCAGAAGGAUAGCGCCGAAGCCGAGCCGGCCGUGGUGGUCCAGCAUACGCAGUCUCAGUUGCAUCUGCAUCUGACUUCGCCACCGGCGCGAAGUCCGCCCACUCAAACGGCGCAGUCCCAGUGCCCGCAGACCGCGAGUUUGCUGAGCAGCACGCAUUCCACCCUCGCGAGAAGCCUGAUGGAGGGCCCGCGGAUGACGGCGGAGCAGCUGAAGCGCACGGAUAUCAUACACAACUAUAUAAUGCGCGGCGAAGCCAGCCCUAGGUCGCCCACAGCAUCGCCGUCACCUGCAGAACAAUGCGCAUCGACAACUACCGCGACAGCGCGCACGACGCAAGGAUCUCAAGGUCUUCUGCAAUGCGCCACCACGAGUUACUCGAACAGGUGGCCGGCCACUUCAGUGAUCACGACGACGACAGGCGCGCGACAACAGCAACAACAACAACAACAACAGCAAUCUUCCUCGGACUAUCUCGCUGUUAGCAAUUCCCCGGCUUCGUCACCGAGAUAUCUAUCCGCGGCGGCGACUAGCAGUACGAGUACAAGUCCGAGACCGACCUCGAGUACGGCGGCCACGCUGGUAUUGUCCGGCUGUCCGAGCAACAUGAUGGAGCUACAGGUCGACAUCGCGGACAGCCAGCAACCGCUGAACCUAUCUAAGAAGUCGCCAUCUCCGUCGCCAUCACCGAGACCGCUCGUCGGACCGUGCAAGGCUCUCUCCCUCGAAGCGUAGUGUUCUCGCGAGCUCGAGUGAUCUCCCGUGACAUGUGCUAACGCGCGCGAAAUCGGGAUGUCUGAUCCACCUAUCACCUACCGGCGUGCGCUAAUCGUCGUCGUAACGCGGUAUAACCUUCCCCGGCUCUUAACUAGAAACGAAAGUGCCAGGACGCUCUGAGAGCGCGUGACAAACCAAAUAAUUUAUUAAUUUAAACUACUUAUUGCUAAAAAAAAAAUCGCGCGAAAAAAGGAGGUGGAAGUUACGGAGGAACGGUCGAGGUACAUCUCCGCGUAUAUUUAUGAGGAAGACAGACAUUCUCAGUGGCGAGUUGCUUUUUCCGAGUGUGCGAAACGACGAUGGACAUCGUGGACGGACGCUUGCGCGUUGAGUGCCGAUCCGAUGAGAGCAACGAUGCCGUGUAAGGGAAGCCACCUAUCCACCUAAAACUACCUAUCUACCUGUCUACCUACCUAAAACCUAUCUGCUCUAGGUGUACAUCUAGAAGAUAGAGCAUCAGCGACCGAAAAAAAUAAAAGGUUGAGUGUUACAGAAAUUAAUAAUCUAUCUACAUGUGAUAAUCAUGGAAAUCGCGCAUCCUGUACAGUCUCCACCUCAUUCAUCGAUCAUCUACUCUACUAUAAUUAUUGAAUAUUAUAAAACUAAUUAAUAUUAUUGUAAUAUGUGUAAGGUAUUAUAAUCGUAAAAAAAUUAUCAUUUUUUCGUGUACGUGUGUAGAAAAAAAAAGACGCGUAUGAUAUUUUUGCGCGAAUGACGAGAGGAAGAUGUAGAGAGAAUGAGAUAAAAUGAGAGCGAGCGAGUGACGAGUGAACGUGCUUGUGCAAAUGAGUCGGGGCAAAUCGAAAAGCUUCUUGAUCGCGGUGGCAACCGAGAGAGGGAAUCGCGCACGCGAUUUUAAAGAAUUAAACGUUUUGUUAUGAGACUGAUCGGCCCGCCGCGGCCGCUAGUUUGCAAUUACCGUACCUUUAUACACUACGUGUCGUGUCUCUUCGUCUCUUCGAGGAGUAACGACUCGAGAAGUAAUUAUAUCCUCUAAUCGCGCCGUAUAGCGAAAUAGGUAUCAUAGGCCCGCUUAAACGCGUUAUACGAUAUUAUGUGUCGUGUGUGCAUGCAUGAAAGUCAGAUAGAUUGAGAUAGGAUCGCGAGAGAGAGAGAGAGAGAAAGAAAGCGAGAAAGAGAAAGAGAGCGAGAGAGUGGGAGAUGAAAACAAAGAUAGAGAGAGAGAGAGAGAGAAGCCGCGAAGCGCUCGAGCAAAGCGGAGUUCCGAUAGAACGGCGAAGCGCAGUGUAAAUAGUAGAUUCGUAAGGCUAUGUCUUGGUAGGCGCGAGUGAACCUCUUUUGCUUCGAGAAAAUCAUGAGGGAUAGUUAGAAGAUACGCGGCGGGCCGCCGCCGACGUGUUGUUGAGACGCCUGCCCCCCUGCUCCCCCUCCCCUCUUUACCAUUCCCAUCUUCCCCGCCUAACCAUCCGCAUAUCUCAAUCCCAGCAUAAAUAUCGCAUCAAACACGCAUAAAAACCCACAACACGCUGAGCGAGUAAACUGAUCUUGAGACAGUUGUAGAAACACUUAUGCCUCUUUUCGAGACGGACUAGAUCCCCUUGGUUCGAUCUAGAAGAAGCUUGCUUUAACCAAGUCCGUUAUUAAGCUCGGUCUAUAGAUCGAUUGCAAGCUGAGUUGCAUUUACGUUCGGUCAGAUUAAAGGGAAGCUGGUUCGCGUCAGAACGGGGCAUCAAAAGCACAUUCAAAAUGAGUCAUUCAAAUUCAGUCUGUCUCCCAGCUAGAAUAUAGCCUAACCAGAAUAUUCCUAAACACCCAGCUUAGAGGCCUCUAUAUUUAUUGUAUCUAAAGAGAGUGCAUUUCUCCCCUUUUCGCCGUGUAGCGUGAUAUCACACUCACCCCCGAUCCUCGAGCGAGUCCUCGAAUAAAAUCCUCCUGGCUCUCUUUACAAAAUACACGCACACACACAUGUACGCAAAACAGACAUAUUUACACGACAGCGACACACAUGCACACUAAAGCGAACACUUGUCUUGUCCCCUCCCCCGCAGACAACCUAGCGUUGAUAUUCGUAAUACUUGUUAUGCAUAAACUACACAUAAUUAUUAUAGUGAACGAUACAUAUAAAGUAUGAUAUAUUUCCCUAUCCAUUAAGAAGGAGAAUACAAACAGCUGUUGUUUCUGGUGGAAAAAAAAUGAAAAAAAUAUGGAUAUAAAAACGUACUCUACUACAUGCAAGAAUACAAAUGCAGCCCCGCAUAUUGCCCAGUGAGCACGUCAUUUUGUACGCUUGGGAGUUGUGAGGUCGUCUGAAUAAACAUUGUCUGGUGAAUUAUACAUAAAAAAAA